AUGCAGGCAUCGAAGCCUGCGUUCGGCAUUACCAACGCCCAGGGUGUCCCUCAAAUGAUCAAGUACAUCGAGGCAACCCCAGGCGCCAGUUUUUCAUUCCCAUUCAUCAAGGAGCACACGUUCAAGGGAAAGUGCCAUCACUUAAAGAUCAUGCUCGAGACUGACGGAACUGUUGUCGCCGAAACCCACGAGCCGCAAGAGGCGCGAGACAUGCGAUGGGCGAGACUCUGCACCACUGUUCGUCUCGGCGAUGAAAAGCUUGGCUGGUAUGGCCGAACUUUCCAGUUUGGAUGGAUGCCAAUCAAUGCGAUGGCGACAAAGGUUGACGCCGACAAGGGCAAGUGUAAGAACCUUGGUGUUCUCCGACUACGUGUCUACAAGAUGAAGCGUUCGAAGCAGGAACCUCAGAAACAAGUCUCGAACCUUCCGGUUGUGGACGAUGUCGCGGGAAAUGAGCCCAAAGGCAGCGCGCUGUCUUCCAAUGUCCGCUUUGGGCCUGCGACCAGUGCUCCGAGCCCUCUCACAACCUUCCAGAAUGUCUACCAAGACCGCUACAUCCGCCCCUUCGCCAUCUAA